UGGUAAAUCCUGUCUCGCAAAGGUGAUCUAAAUAGACAUAAGAAUGUACAUCAAUAAGAAACCAUUUGUUUGUAAGACCUGUGGUAAAGCCUUUUCUGUCAAAGGUAGUCUACAGGUACAUGAAAGGGUGCAUACUGGAGAAAAACUAUUUGUUUGUGAGACCUGUGGUAAAGCCUUCCGUAAGCAAUGUCAUCUAAAAAUACAUGAAAGAAUACACAGCGGUGAGAAACCAUUUGUUUGUGAGACCUGUGGUAAAGCCUUUUCUGUCAAAGGUAGUCUUAGUAGACAUGAAAAAAUACACAUCGGUGCUAAAGCCUUUUCUGCCAAAUGUCAUCUACAGGGACAUGAAAAGGUGCACACUGGAGAAAAACCAUUUGUUUGUGAGACCUGUGGUAAAGCCUUUCGUAGGAAAUGUCAUCUACAGGGACAUGAAAGGGUGCACACUGGAGAAAAACCAUUUGUUUGUGAGACCUGUGGUAAAGCCUUUCUUGAGAAAUUUAAUCUAAAAAUACAUGAAAGAAGACACACCAGUGAAAAACCAUUUGUUUGUGGGACCUGUGGUAAAGCCUUUUCUGUCAAAGGUUAUCUACAGCGACAUAAAAGGGUGCAUUCUGGAGAAAAAACAUUUGUUUGUGAAAUCUGUAGUAAAGCCUUUUUUGUCAAAGGUGAUCUAGAAAAACAUGAAAGAAUACACACCGGUGAAAAACCAUUUGUUUGUAAGACCUGUGGUAAAGCCUUCUCUGACAUAGGUAAUCUACGUAGACAUACAAAGUUACACACCGGUGUUAAACCAUAUGUUUGUGAGACCUGCGGUAAAGCCUUUUCUGCCAAAUGUCAUCUACAGGGACAUGAAAGGGUGCACACUGGAGAAAAACCAUUUGUUUGUGAGACCUGUGGUAAAGCCUUUUCUGUCAAAGGAAAUCUACAGAUACAUAAAAGGGUGCAUACUGGAGAAAGACCAUUUGUCUGUGAAAUCUGUGGUAAAGCCUGUUCUGGCAAGGGUGAUCUCACUAGACAUGAAAGAGUGCACACCGGUGAAAAACCAUUUGUUUGCGAGACCUGUGGUAAAGCCUUUCGUAAGAAAUACCAUCUAAAAAUACAUGAAAGAAUACACAGCGGUGAGAAACCAUUUGUUUGUGAGACCUGUGGUAAAGCCUUUUCUGUUAAAAAUAGUCUAAGUGGACAUGAAAAAAUACACAGCGGUGUUAAACCAUAUGUUUGUGAGACCUGCGGUAAAGCCUUUUCUACCAAAUGUCAUCUACAGGGACAUGAAAGGGUGCACACCGGUGAAAAACCAUUUGUUUGUGAGACCUGCGGUAAAGCCUUUCGUAAGAACUAUCAUCUAAAAAUACAUGAAAGAAUACACAGCGGUGAGAAACCAUUUGUUUGUGAGACCUGUGGUAAAGCCUUUUCUGUUAAAAGUAGUCUAAGUGGACAUGAAAAAAUACACAGCGGUGUUAAACCAUAUGUUUGUGAGACCUGUGGUAAAGCAUUUUCUGCCAAAUGUCAUCUACAGGGACAUGAAAGGGUGCACACCGGUGAAAAACCAUUUGUUUGUGAGACCUGUGGUAAAGCCUUUUCUAACACAGUGUGA